CUCGAUCAUUGGACUCGUUAAGUGCCAAGAACAACAACAACAACAACAAAUCCCCAUCGAUCAUGGCUAGCUGAGUAGCAGAGUCCCUCGCAACCUAGCACGGAUGCGGCAAGCCGCCGACUGUCGGCAGUCGUGCGGAAUAACUCCGCGGUCAGGGCUGGAUGGCGCACAACGAUGCGCCACGGGAAGUCAACAACCCGGAUGAGGGCCAAAGGCGGCCGGCCGGCCAUGGUGACUGAGUCGCGAGGAUGCCGACGAGCAUAGGAGCAACAUUAGCGUAUAUGAGCGUAUGCCCAACCCAUGCUCCUCCUUGCCCUGCCUCGCGACGAGAUCUCCCACCAAAGCCCACCCCUUUUCUCUUCCUUUCUCUCCCUCACCGCAGACAUGGGCGCCACCGCUAGUGCCAUCCAGGGCCGGUUCGCCGGUAACAGCAACAUUCCCAAGCCCAGGUUCAUCCUGCAGGUGGUGCCAAACUUCGAAAUCCGCGAUGUCGAAAACGACCCCACUGUUGCCCGUGAGCUUGACGCCGUCGGCUUCGGCAUCAUCUCUUACACAUGGGGCCGCUUCCAGGAUAAGAAAAAGCGCGAGACUUCGCCCAAUGCCCCCAAGUUUGACCGUAUCGACACGGGCCCGAACCCCAUCCGGUGGGACAUUCCGAAGCUACAAGAUGGACGUUUCACCAUUGAAGAGGUCCGGGCCAUUGUGGAGAGGCUCAACAUGAAAUAUGUCUGGUGGGAUUGGGCCUGCAUUCCGCAGUACUGGAACAGCGACGGCACACCUGACCCGGACCCGGCCAGGCGGGGACACAUCAUCGGGACCCUCUCCGACGACGGGCUCAAAGCCGUCUCGGCAGAGGAGAUUAGCAAGCAGUUCUACAUCUACACCCUCGCCAAGAAGGGCUUCAUCUGGAUGCACGAUAUCCGCUUCGUCGCAACAGGCAGCCCCCAGGUGACGAGCAUCCAAAGGAUGCUUGAGAAUGAGCAAUCCGGCCGCACGUUGGAGAACCUCGGCGCCGCCGUUGCGGCAGCCAGACAGUCGGUCCAGAACUUCCGGACCAUGAAGCUGGAGGACAACUGGUAUGGGAGUUGCCAUCACCAUCUCCUCCUCAUCGCGGACCCAAGUUGCUAACUAACCUCCUCAUCACGACGCAGGCUGUCGUCCAUG